CCAAGGGAAAGGGGCCCCAAUUUGGGAAAAGGUCUGGAAAGGAUCACUCAACGCCGGCGGGGCAAACUGCCGCUUGUCAUUCCAGAAGGGAAGUUAAGUCCGGAGGCACCUCUUCUUGCUGCAAAGUUCGCAACUGAAUGCAACAUCACAGUUAGACACCAUAUGCCCGUGUUUAAGCGCUAAAAGGAUUACAAGGACCCAGAUGGACAUGUUCGAGAUGGGAUCUUCAGGAACUUUGUAGGAAAAGUUGGUAACAAGUUUCAGAUGGACGUUGAUGCUGUGCCAGUUAGGAAGGCUUGUACUAAAAUGCUGAAACGUGCCACUCGCCAACAACGAUGCAGGCUCAAGAAAGAGUAUUUUGACCCUCACCCACUCCAUUUUGUGACAAGAACAUCUCCUGUCCCCUCGAUGACCGAUGAGCAGUGGAAUGAGCUAGUGGAAAGCUGGAAGGAUCCCAAAAAGAUGGGGAUAUGUGAAACUAACAAAAAUAAUCGAGCUCAAGUUAAGUUUCACCAAACCACUGGCUCGAGCAGCUACCCUGUGCACUGUGAUAAUCUGGGAGACAAAUACAAAGAUAAAGAACCCAUUGCAUUGGAUUUGUUCAAGGAGUGCCACUACAGCAAGAAAAAGAAAAGCUACACCGAUGUUGUCCAAGGUGCAAGUACCGAGAUGGAAAACAAGGCCUCUCAGCCUAUAGAAGAUGGACAAGAAUCAAACUCUACGAGCAAGGCUAUAGCUGAAGUGCUUGCUAACCACACUAAGAAGCCAAGGUUUCUUCAGCAUGUGGGGAUCCAGCAUGUCCAUGCGAGAUCUAGCGAUAGCAACUCUCAAGCAGAAUUGGCAAAGAGGGGCAAUGUCGAGCUUCGGGCACUUGUUGACACCUUGACCAAGCAGUUGAAGGAGUCCGAAGAAGCAAGGAUCAGGCAAGACGAGGAGCACAGGAAGAGAGAUGAGGAGAACAGGAAGAAGCAAGCUGAGAUGGAUGCAAAACUAGACUUUUUGCUAAGUCAGUUGCAAGCAAGAUCAACUCAAGGGUAAGUUGUUUGUCCAAGAUCAGCCGUCGUCUCUACUUGAUACAUGGAAGCUAUGUGAAUGUGAUA